AACACACUCGAUUGUCUCUGCAGACUGAAAGCACACCAGAGACUCCACACAGGCAAGACAUUCAACUGUGAAUCCGAGGGAUGCACGAAGUACUUUACCACACUCAGCGACCUAAGGAAGCACAUUCGCACACACACUGGGGAAAAGCCAUUCCGGUGUGACCAUGAUGGCUGUGGCAAAGCCUUUGCUGCAAGUCAUCACCUAAAAACACAUGUACGGACACACACAGGGGAGAAGCCAUUCAACUGUCCCAGUGAUGGCUGUGAGAAGACUUUUAGCAGCCAGUACAGUCUGAAGAGUCACAUCCGGGGCCACGACAAAGGACAGCCCUUCAGCGUCACCCUCACCCAUCCGCUCUCCGAAGAUGCAAAUCACUCGCUGUGCCUCAGUGAUUUGAGCCUCAUCUCUACAGAUUCAGAGCUUCGAGAGAACAUGCAUAACGCUCAAAAUUUGGACCUCAGCAACGUGACCCCUGUGAAAAUCUUUGAGCUUAUGUUCCAGAGUCCUGAAAAUAGUGUCAGCCAAGAUGAUGCCCAUCCCAACGAGAGCCUUGCUGAACCCUUCAGCCUAGAGACCUCUGCCCACCCAGUAGUGACUGAUGGCUCGUCUCUCAUCUCAUUCUCUCUCAAUCCUACCUCCUCUUCUUCCUGUUGCCACACAACUGCAGUCAUGGAGGCUCCUUCCCAGCUCAGUCAGACCUCUCCCUCUCUGGCCUCCACCCCUGCCUCUGCAACCACUACUAUCAGCUCCACACAGCCUACUCCUUUCACGCAACUAGCCGGGCCUCAGCAGAUCUCUGAUGUUCCUGCCCAGGCUUCUGUCCAAGCUCCAAGCAACGUCACCCCCCAGCACUACGUGGCACUGCCACCCACAUUCCUGCAGCCUGAUAGUGCCACACAGACCACUCCUCUACCACCACCCAUCACCGCUCCUCCUCCAGUGGCUCCAGAACAGACCACCACAGCUCCAGGCCCUGCUGCUGUGUCUGUUGUUGCGGCCUCCACAACAGACGCUUUGGCAGCUGUGGCUCAACCUGUGCCUUUGGCUAACAACCCUGUCCCUAACUCUGGCACUGGUUUGCCUGCCACUCCUGCCACCAUCACCAUAGCUCCCACCCAGAACCUGUUGCAGCCCAGCUUGGUCAUGUCUGACCAAAACCUCCAGUGGAUCCUCAGCAGUGCUGCCAAUAGCCAGCAGAACCCAGAGCAAGCACCACAUCAAGGAGCUCCAAAAGUGGAAAAGGUUUUCUUCACUACAGCCAUACCAGUGGGAGGAAAUGCUGGCAGCUCAGUCCAACAGAUCGGCCUCAGCCUGCCAGUCAUCAUCAUCAAACAGGAGGAAUCCUGCCAGUGCCAGUGUGCUUGCAGGGACUCUGCUAAAGAUAAGAGUUCAAAGAGUGCCUCCUCCAUUGUUUCAGCCCCAGCACCGCCUCAACCAUCAGAGCCGCCUCCUCCCCCACCGCUACAACCCCCAGAGCCUCUUCACCAUCCAGCCACCUCAUCUUCCUCGUGCUGCCUUCCCGAGUCUUCCUCCAAGAGCCCUGAGACUGCUGCCAACAUUGAGGCUCUGCUGCUGGUCGCUGAAGACUUCAACAUGGCCACUGAUGGCAAUACUUAGAGCUGACUUCUGAGUCUGCCACCAUGUGUUGGUUGCACCCACUCAGCCACAGGCAUCAAUUCCACAGGCAUCAUUUCCACCCACAUCGCGAGUUAUUCUCCACAGUGACACCUCUUCUUUCUCUCUAUAUAGUGUGUGCAUCGAACCCCCUGUACCUGCAGUGCGUUAUGUUCUGUAUGGCAUUGCGCAACAUAUAUACAUGAACUAUGAAUAAUUUCUGUUGAGACUUUAGAAACAAGAUUAGUUUGCUUUGGAGAUUUAGCAACUUUAAUGCAGGGAAAAGGCAGCAAAUCCUUUGUUAUAAACAUAAUCAAAUGUACAUGAUAUCCCUCAAUAUCAACUCGAAUUGGUUGAAUGAAAAAUGAGUGUUGUCCAUGCACUGAUGAGUUCCAUUUUCCUGGCUUGAAGAUCACACCAGAGCAGGAAACCAAAACUUGUCUGUAUAUCUUUGUACUGUACUACAGGUCCGAACAAAUCCUUAAAGCUGGUAUGCAACUGACCAGAAUGCACUGUAUAUUAGAGGAAUUUACUAUAAUUUUAUCAAGCAUUGCUCCCGGUAGGAAUUUGAGGGUUGGCCACAUAGCCCCUCAUUGCUGUCAUACAGUAUGACAUGAUUUCCUCAGUACUUUUGUUUCCUAGGAAGACUAGUAUAGUCCAGAAAAUGUGAUUAUUCUUUUCUACUUCUUUUGACAGUUUACUAAUUGAGAAAAAGAACCUGUGACCAGAUCUGCCUGAAAUUAAGUCAAUACAUCAAUAAGUUGCCUAUAACUUAACUAAUUUAAAUUUGUACAUGUUAAUUUAUUUAAAUGCUUGAUUCUUUCAUUAUACUGGUAAUAUUUUCAAGAUAGAAGAGAAAUAUAUUAAUUUAUUCCAAUCACUUGUUGUAUUUUUAAGUUGAGCUGUUUUUAUGUUACUGAAUUGCUUUUUUUUUUUUUUUUUAAGAACGUAAUGGGUAUUGUUUAAAGCAAGUUUGAGAAAGAGACACCAAUAGUUAUAGACUGCACAGAAGCAAAUUUUCCUCUAGGAUCUGCUUGCCACAAUGAAAAAGUAAGGAACUACUGUCAACAUCCCAUAUUUCAUAGGGUUGUGACCCUCUCAGGGAUGCAUCAAGUCAACUGGUUCUGGAUACUGGGUUCUGGUUCCCUUAAUGUGUUACUCGGACAGUUUUUACCAGAUGCCCCACACUUGCAGUAGCCCUACAUUUCGCUGCACUCUUCCCUGUUAAUUGCACACUAAGUUGUAAAGUGAGUAAUCUGACAGCUAAUGUUAGCUGAGGUGCAGCACCACUACAGAUUUUUGUAUACAACUGCUGUAAAGUAGCAUUUAAAAGACUAUGUCCUGGUGACAGUGUAAAUACAGUACACCUUAGUGUAAACAUCUUUGAGAAACGUGUAGAUUAUUCUAGAAUUUGUAUUUUUGUAUAGACUUUUGAAUUACUAACUCUCAGAGUUUGGAGCGAAAGUAUACCCUCUAUCCUUGCAUUCUUCCCCCAGUCACAUUUAUGCAGAAGUUUUUGCUGUGUUUAGUUGAAUAAUUAUACUAGCAGCUGGGCUUUUGUACAGUCCCCAUAAUAACAAUAUAUGUACUUCAUAGCCACCUGCUCAGAGUAUGAUCCAACAGUAUUGUUUCACAUGGGACACAAUGCAAUGAUGAUAGAUCGAAGGCAUAUGCCCUGUAUCUUAAGAGUGUAGAGCCACAUGGCCUUACAACAGAACUGUUUUGAGCCUCCUUACCUUGACAGUCUCUGCUUCAGACUUGCCAUUGACAUGCCAAUCCUCUUCAUUGAGUCUCAGGCAAUCACAGCAGUGGAUUGCAAUACAGCAAAAGCCUUGAGACAAAGCUUAUGGUUUUCCUAGAGUCUAUCGUUUUCCAGUAGAAAGUCAUUAAUGCAGCAUUGCUAAAAAUAUAAUCUGCCACAUAACAGAUGCAGGUGAUGUGAUUCUGCAUUUUAGGUCCAGGCUGUAGGAUCUAACCAAACUGACAUGCAUGUCGCAUAAAUUGUGUCUUGAUUUUUUUAUUUUGUUUCCUUCUGCCAUAUUUUCAGUGGAGCUUUCCUUCAAAGGUGGUUAAGAUGUUGUGAAAGGCUCCAGUUACACAUUUUGUGCUCAACCAUUCCAUAUAUGCAGUAUUAGGUAAGAGAGUCUGUUUGGCUCCAUUGGAUUACAAAAUGUUAACUUACCAUUUCCCUGUUAAGGCACUCUGAAAUUACUGCCAGGAGUCAAGCUCAUACAUCAAAUAUAUAUUCUCAUACAUGCAUACUGUCAUUAAACAACUAUGCAAAUUGAAGUGUGGCAUUUAAAUAGUGAUUCCAAGACAAGAUUUGUUCCUCCCUCCAUGAAAGGAUAUUCUGCUACAACCUUAUGUGCUGAACUCCAGAGUCAAAAGCUGCCUUUUCAAUCCAUAUGUUACGCAUGUUUCCUGAACUCCAGCAUAGAGCAUUUUGUUUUCCACAUUUGGAGUGGUGUGAAUCUGGACUUUGCAGCGUGCCCAUCCAAGUACUGUUCCCAUGAAUGUUGACCACAUCCUUUACAUGCCGUUUAAAACCAACUGGAUUUGUUUUGAGUACUGAAAGAAUGACUGAUUCUGUUUUAAGAAUUAUUUUUGGUCAAAUGUAUGGAUUGUUUUCUCUUUUAAUGCAUAAACAUGUUUCAUUGGGGCUUGCUUUGUAAUCAUCUCAGCCUUUCACAUUUAUAUUUGACAUGUGGAUAAUCUGGCUCAUCUUCACCAAUGAAAGUCAAACUUAAAGCUGCUGCCGUGUUUUAAUCAGCAAGCAGAGUGAAUGAUGGUGACAUUGUUUUGGAAGCACAUGGUUUGAUCAAAUGUAUAGCCAGUGUGAUUUUUGGAAACUGAGUAUUUCUGCCAGCACCAACAUUUUCCCCUCCCCCAAUGGGCAGCAAUAUUU